AUGGAGCCUGUUUGGAAUGUGUUCAAUGGUCUGACAUCUCGAGUAGAAGGUCUCUUUUCGGAGAACCAACUUCUGCGCAAACGAAACCAAACACUCGAAACGCAAUUAUUGCACUCACUGAACAACGAAAGAAUAAGCUGCGAAAUCAAAGAAAAACUAGUAGUUGAGUUACAACGAAAAUUAGAAGAUAAAGAUUUAGAAUAUUCGAACUUAAAAGUGGAAAUGGAUAAAGAGAAAAUUUCAAUGAGUAGCGAGAAAAAGUUACUGGAAAAUCAAAGAGCGGCACUUGAAGAGGAACUAGAAAUGUUCAAGAAAAAACUGCACAAAUCAGAUUUGAAAAUUCUAGAGCUGCAAAAUUACAACAACAAUUUGAAAGCAGAACAAAAUCAAUUGAAUAUUCAGAGAAACGAUUUAGCGAUGGAAAUCGAAAACAUCAACAAAAUGUUUCAAAAGAUACAAGAUGUGAAAAAAUUAAAUGCAAACACUUUAUUGACAAUUGAAGCCAAUAUGAACGAAUUGGUAGAUUGUAAUCGUAAACUAUCGGCCACAGCGAAAACUUCAGAGCAAGAAAGAUCAAAGCUGGUUUCAGAGCUGAAAAAAUUUGAACAAUUGAUCAGUUCAUUAGACGUCACAAAGAAGACUCUUGAAAAAGAGCUAAUUGAAGUCAAGAGUUCGAGUGAUCAUGAGAAGAAAGAACUUAGAUGUUCUAUAGAAAAUCUAGAGGGAAAGUUGUCCGCAACUCAGACAGAACUAGAAACGGUUAAUCAAGAAAACGACGCGUUAGAAACCCAAUUAUUGCGAACUUUCGACGAAAUUCGGAAUAUUAAACUGAAAAUGUUCAAUAGGGAAGUCAAAGAGAGCCGUUUAAAAAAUGUUGAAGAUGAAGUAAAGGAAGAGUUUAGCAAAGAUACGGAAUCUUCUGAAAGCAUUAAAGUGGCUAAAGAGAACCCAGAAGAAAGCAAGAGAAUCUCAGUUCCAAAUCAAAGCCAGGCUAUGGAUGUUAUAUAG